CAUCCUCUCGUCGGCCUCCUUGCUCGGGCUUUGUUGUGCGUAUUAUACCCGGGGCUUGUUAGCACGGCUAGCCUGAACACGCAUAGCCGCCAAGCCCCUUUAUUUUACUGUACUCACGUCGGCCGCUUCUGCGAUUGUUCGACGUGCUAACCUCUUGUUUCUCCUCUGUCCUGAUAGGAGCACCAUGUCUCAAAACGGCGCCUCAAGGAAGGAACGAUCGGGCGCGGGCGAGAGGGAUCGGCUAGGGAAGGGUCGACCCACUGAACGUCUAGUCGACAAGGCCGCCUCGCCUCGCGACGACCAACCGAACAAAAGGCGGUGGGAUGAUGAUGAUGAUGAGCGCGUCGCGCGGCGUCGCGAAAAUUCGCCGCCCUCCAACCGGUGGGGACGCCAAGGGACGCGCAGCUCGGUCAUCGACAACCCUCACGGGCUGCCGCCUCCGCCGCCCUUGCCCGACCACAUGAAGCCGACUCGUGUGGGGGCGUCUUCAUCUCCGCCACCUCCGCGUGGCAGGUCUACUGUACUUGCUUUGCCCGUGCCAACGGAGGCCAAGCCGAAGGCUGAAGCAAGGUCAAGGUCGAAGGCGAGUGCCCCUCGAGCUGCUGCAACUCCGUCCGCCUCCAGUAGCAGCGGCGUUCCCCUCGGGAACAAGGAGGCCGAACACUCCGGGGACGACAUGGAGGAAACAGGGGGUCUACCAACCCCUCCGAUGGACGAUUUCGUCGUGUUGGACGACGAAGCCGAUGUGGGCAAUCUCGACGCCAUAUUUGAGGAACUAGAAGCCAACCAGCAGGUUGCUUCGGGCGGACAGGCGGACGUGACGUCUGCGCCUUCCGCUCCAUCUUCCGAGGUUGAGCUCCAGAGCGGGGAGGCGGGCGUGACGUUACCGCCUCCAGCUCUGCCUGUCGGGGAUGAGCACUUGGCGGACGUGAUGCUCUCGCCUUCCGUUCAGCCUGACGAGGCUGAGCGUAGAAGUUUUUCUUCCGGCGCUGGUCUGAACGAAGCCCCGGUAGACUCAAACUAUGACUUGAAGUACCUGUCUCCUCUAGCACGGCAGAUCAAAACCAAGCUGACGACCCAUGUCCAGUCCCUGGUAAAGGAAAGUCCGACGUUUCCUGCUGUGCUACUUCCCCUGCCGUGUAAUAUCCUCCUUCCUGAGGGCACUCUUGCUGAGCGUCUCCUCGUCCGUGUCGUGCGCGAUGGCCUUGCUGAAAUUCAAGAGCUGCUGCGUGCGGAGCCCCUUGAUCCAGACCGCGUAAUGGAGGCCAUUGAAGCACACACCUCCAUGUGGAUUUACAAGGGCGCCAUCCCGGAGCCAUUGAAAAGACUAGUUUCCCUCCUGGAGAAACUGGUGGCGCGCAUGAGAGGCGAGGCAGCGCCCAACACUGCUGGCGAUCCGACUGCCACCCUUGCCGAGGAACAAGCCCGGGACCUGCAGCAGCGACUUCGGACUAUUAUCCCCUUGGUGAAAGAGGACCUGAAGCAGCUUGAACCGGAGGCACCGGACCUGCAUGCCGAAGCCCGAUUAAUGAAACAAAUCGCGCGUGAGAAAGAUGCCAGCCAAGAGGUAUGAUGAACUGGCGGCGGAGGCCCGGCUGAGCGCAAAGGGGGCUCGCAACAAGCAACGAACCAUUGACACCAAACUCAAGUGUCUUAGCAUGGUCUCUGAGACCUUCGACGUGAUGACAAACCAGCUGGAGCAGCGCGAAGCUGAAGCAACGAACUUCCUGGCUCUCUUUGAUGAGCAGCGGAACCAUGCCGAAGCAGGAGCGCUACCCGAGGUAGCACACAUCUUGGCAUACGCGGUGCCGGGCGAGCUCCCUAAACCUGAGGCAUGAGAUGGCUUCGUCCUCACCAUAUAACCAUAUAUCUCGAGUUAUUCAUGGCCCCUUUAGUGCUCCUUAGUUAGGUUGAAUCCAGCACUUGUUUUUUUUUUUCUUUAGUUUGAAUCAGUUAUAUUACCGACUCGUUUAGUACCCUUGAAAUUGUUCUUUUCCAUUGCAAUGAA